AUGGUCUUAGCAGCUAUCUAUCAAGCAAUCCUUGAGGAGAUGUUGUUUUUGUUAGCAGAGAAAGAGACAGGAAAAGAAGUAUGGCAGACGUUAAAAACUAUUCAUGUCGGUGCUGAACGUGUAAAGGAGGCAAAGAUCCAAACUCUGAAGAUUGAGUUCGAAAUUAUGAAUAUGAAGGAGUCCGAGACUACUGAUGAUUAUGCAGCAAGGUUGACAGGAGUUGUUAAUAAAAUACGUACUUUUGGAGACAAGUUUGAAGAGGCAUACUUGGUGAAAAAAUUUCUCCGUUCAGUACCUUCUAAGUUUCUUCAUAUCACAUCGACAAUAGAGCAAUUUGCCGAUUUAAAGGUGAUAACCAUGGAGGAAGUCAUCGGCCGUCUUAAAGCAUACGAGGAACGGAUCGGUGGCAACAAAAAGAAUGCUGAAAUUGUCUUAUUGACUCAAGGAGAAUGGAAAGCAAAAGAAUCAAAAGGCAAAGGUGAAAGUUCAACGUUCGAGAAAAAACGUAGCGACAAUGGAGUUCAUAGCCGAGGGCGAGGUCGUAGUGAUCGCUGGAGAGGGAGAGGUCAUGGACGUGGAAAUGACUCGUUAUAUCAAGAGAAGAAGGGUGACAAGAGCAAGGUAAAAUGUUACAAUUGUCAAGGCCUAGGCCACUAUACCUCAGAAUGUUGGAAGGUGAAGUGUUAUAAUUGUCAAAAGAUUGGCCAUUAUGCAUCCCACAGUAGAUCGAAGAAAAGGGAGGAUCAGGCACACUUGACUGAGAUGCAAGGUGAUGAGGAUGAGCCAGCCUUACUUACAACACAAGUUUGUGAAGUCCGAACUCUCAGUUCACUAGAAUUGACGGAGAUGACUCUUUAUGAAGAAAAGGUUGUCCCAGAAGAAAUUGAGAAGAAAAACAACACUUGGUUUCUAGAUACGGGAGCUAGCAAUCAUAUGACUGGUUGUCGAAGUUGA